GCUGUCAACCACACCUUGUCCUCGUAUUUCCCCGCAUUUAUCAAGGCCUGCCGAAACAAAAGGCUUCGCGUUCCUGGCAGUGCAUGCCUAUACAAUUCGUGCUUCUUGGCAACUCUCCAUCGCUCUCUACCUUGCAAUGCACCUUCAUUUCACCACAGCACACCUUUGGCUUUAUCAAUCCUUCUCCUACACAUCCCAACUUUUCCUACAGAACUAUGCUUCAAUGCAAAAUAUAACUUUUAUCCCGGACCUCGGAUGGCAUACGAGAGCCCUGAAUGCCCUGCAGGUCUAGGCUUGACAGGCCCAGCACACCCAACUCGCCCAGCUCGCGCUUUUUUUUCUAAGCUCCUCCCCAUCCUAGUGCUGCCAGCACCAGUAACGCCGCCAGUCAGCAAGCGCUGGAGUCAUCUUCAAGCUCUCGACAUCCAAAAACGAUGCCACGGGGGCUUCCAAAGCGAAGAGGGAUUAUGGACUACAAGUUCUAAGCAUGAUGUUCAAUUUUCAGAAGAGGUUUUGAACGCCGGUAAAACAUCAACACAUAUCAGUAUGGAUACAAUGGCGGAGCAAAUCAGUCCAGAGCCAAGUAUGGUCGCCGAGAGAUUGGCGGCGCUGAUCUGUCACGGUUCCAAUCCCUCGUCUGUGAACCAAAGAAGGCGCAUGGACACAUACACGCACUCAUGUUUGCCAUUUUCAUACCUGCGUCUUUUUUGCUUACCUACACGUGAUCAGAUUGAUGUCAUGUCAAGCCGUUUGCGCGCGCCUUGCGAGCAUCGUUUUCACUCGUCCGCGUUUCUUUCACAGCUCACCAUGUCGAACACGAUCACUCCGGACGUUACACCACAUCCACUGCACGGAAUCGCUCGCCAACCGCUUAAUGCUGAUGGCGAUGACAGCAACCUCGGGGCAGCACCUACAAGCAAACCAGCAGUGACCAUGAUACCUUCAACAAGUCUCCCAGGAGGACGCUCCCACCCAUCCGUCUUUGGUCACCACACCGCUCUCUAUUCUCAGGACGUUGGUGAUAUCAGCGGCGACUCGGAAACGGAUUCGGACGACAAUAGUGAGGAGGGAUAUGAGCAUGUCGGACGAAAACCUGGUCGCAGAAGAAGACGUCGCCGCAUCUCUGCGUCGGCUUCCCAUCUUCUGGCACAGGCACCUACGGUCCCGGAUUUGAGAUUCGACCACAACUACCGCAAAGCGCUCGAUCAGAUCUAUGAGACCCAUGCACGGGAAUCUGCCCAGGCUGCGGAGUUCAACGCUGCCGCCACAGGAACAUCCUCAUCGUCAUCAAGGAAUCGGAGACAACAGCGUCAGGUCAGGACAGUGCCCUCGAUCACGGCCCGAGUCACGGUCAUGACUCUGCGGGAUAUCAUCCUCAUGCCCUUUAUCCACGGCUUCUUUUGGGGGUUCGGCACCGUGCUCCUGACGUUGGUCGGUCAACGCAGUCUGUUCUAUCAUGCUCACAGGACAUGGCGCAAGAUCUUUGGCGGUAAUCCGGAUGAUGUAUCCACAGUCGUCCGAGGUGAACCCGCCCGUGUACGCAGAGUCGGAACCACAGUCGGAGGAGGUCUGGGACUGAUGAAUGCGGGAUCUGCGGCGAAUCAGCCGGCCGCAGGCUUUGCUAGACCCUCAGCACAUGUGUACUAAAGAGCAGAAAUUGUGUAUUUUUUGAUAGAACAAGAAAUAAAGGCAUUAGAUUCCGUAC